CUGUGCUCCCAAUUAUUCCUGCUUACAUAUUCUUCAGUGGCGACGAAAAAUAAUUGGACGUAUACGUGUGCGUGAUAAAACCAAAUAAGAAAUAAAUACUUAAAAUAAUUAUAUGUAAAAAGUGUCGUGUCGAGACUACAAGCGUAUCAAGAUGGCGAUAGGCAAGAUCGGUCCAUUCGAUGUUACGAAAGAUUUGUGGGAUUCGUACGUAGAACGUUUAGAACAAUAUUUUAUUGCGAACGAAGUGAAAGUAGCAAUGAAAGUGGCUACCUUAAUAACUGUUAUGGGGAGUGAUGCAUAUGAAUUGAUGGUGAAUUUGUGUACACCGGACAAACCGUCGACUAAGUCGUUCGAGGACCUUGUCAAGGUCAUGAAGGCACAUCUGCAACCGAAGCCAAGUUUGUUAGCAGAGAGGUUCAAAUUCAGGCAGCGAGUACAAAAAGAAAACGAAAUAGUGAUGGACUACUUGACAGAAUUGAAAAGGUUAUCGAAAGACUGCAAAUUUGAGUCUGCCAGUUUAAAGGAGAACAUUCGAGACCAAUUCGUAUGCGGUCUCAGAAAUGAAAAUAUAAGACAGAGAUUAUUUGCGGAGGAAGACAGCAUUACUUUAGAAAAAGCGUUUAGACUGGCUGUGGCGAUGGAGACAGCAGAAACUAAUGCGGCGUUGGUGGAGGACCGUACGAGGGCCGGAAAGAGUGACGGACUACCAACGACAUCAGUGAAUCAGCUGAGAUCAUCGGAGAGGAACCGAGCGAGGCGUACUAGUACUUGGCACGGAGGAAUGUAUCGUGGCCAGAGCGAUAAGGAGACAGGAGCUGGCGCGAGCGGCAGAAGCGGAGCGGGCAGCGAUAAACGGUCGGCUGGAAAACAUUCUUCAUUUUUUUUAACCCUGAUACAAAGAGGUGUAACGUUUGUGGUGGUCAACAUGAGGCCACUUUAUGCAAGUUUAGAUAUUACGUGUGCCGAGUAUGCAACAAGGAGGGGCAUUUAA